AUGAAUUCCAUCAUCCGCCUCGCGCGGCCACUCCUCGCCCCGCGCAUUUCCGCCCUCUCGCAACGGACAUACACAUGCCUCUCUCCUCUCCGUCCUACAUUGACCUCAACUUUCCGCCCCAACAACUCCUUCACGCCCUCCCUCACAGCGCAAUCACCAGCCGCAACCUCACCAGAAUCCGCAGCAGACCUCGUGCCCACGGCGGCAGUGUCCUCGCAUCCCGCCCUGCAAGGGCUGCAGCUGCGCUUCGGGCCCCGAAAUACCAUGAAUGGCCACACGAGGUUGGUGCAGAAGAGGAGACAUGGGUGGCUGAAGAGGACGAGGAGUAAGACUGGGCGGAGGAUCUUGCAGCGGAGGAAGCUCAAGGGACGGAGACACGUUGCGUGGUGA